UUGUUGGGCCUCAUGGGCUAAUCUUCCUCAUUUCAUUUUCUCAGUUGUCUCAAAAGCCUCUCGAGCCUUCUGCGAAAAAAAUUCAAGCUUCAGCUUGCUACGAUCCCCAGUUGCUGCAGGUGGUUUUUACUGACAGAAGGUUAAUUUUCCUAGGCAAUGUGUUGAGAGCUUCUGUUAUUCUAUUUUAAAUUGCUUUUUUAUUUGUGGUUUAAGCUUUUGGAGUGUUUUUUGUUUUAAUUCAUAAACUUGUUAGGUAAGUAUAUUAUAUCGUUUUCUAGGUAACAUGAAUAGGUUUGGUCAAACCUUGAAGAUAAAGAUCGCUGAAAUUCAGAGGGCAAGGAAAAGAAGGAAUCCCAAGAAGGAUCAAUUGUUUGUGGAGGUUCCCGAAUCGAGAUCCUUUCUAGAUACGGCAACGCUGCUGAUGGUUCUUGCUGUAGCUGGAAUUGCAUUGUUUGCGAAGCUGCUCAUGAUGAAUGAUGAAUCGAAGUCCCAGGAAAUGAUCGAGCGAAAGAUAAAGAAUGCUCCUCCUGGUCAAGGCACGGUCAGGAUGCUUACUCGUGAGGAGUGGGAAGAAAUCAGAGAAGUCAGACCAAGAACUCCUUUUGAAUCCAAGCUUGCUCGUCCAAAUGCAAAAAUAAGAACCGGAGAGCCAUUGCAUAUGGAGGACUUGAAGAAUUGGACAAUUGAUGUUCUCACAGAUGCAGUAACGCGAGCUGAAAACUGUUUGAAACGUAAGUAGAACUGAUAUCACGCU